CUUAAUGGACGUGCAAUUGAGAGUAAAUACAAUUUUUUUUUAAAUCAUUUGAUUGCAAUAAACUUAAAAUUACCAAAAAAAUAUUUUGUGAAAAUAAUACAACUUUUCAUUGUUACAGAUAGCGGUGUAGCUUAUCGUCGAAGCAAUAAAUCAAUGUAGUAUAUUAUGAAACCACUUUUGGUUGGAGAACUAGAGGAAUAUAUACUAUUUUGUAAAUGACGCAUCCGUCCUUAUAGAGAAGAUAUAUAUUUUUGAUAAAAAAUUUAACUAGAAUCUAAAUGAGUUUGAGAAACAAUAGAAGGAGCAUAACGAGCAAUAUGAAGCUUAUUACUUUGAGGGUUGGAGUUAGAAUGCUUUGGACGGCGGUUGUGGCGCUGGUCUUCUUCACGAGGAGUAGCGCAGCACCUACCUUCGGUGACACUGACAAGGCGAUGAUGUACCUAGCUCAAUACGGAUACCUCAGUCCGUCAGUAAGGAACCCAUCGAGUGGACAUAUUAUGGACGAAAGUUCAUGGAGGCGGGCAAUCGCCGAGUUCCAGAGCUUCGCUGGCUUAAAUGCGACAGGUGAAAUAGACAAAGAGACUGCUGAAACUAUGUCACUGCCCAGGUGUGGUGUCCGAGAUAAAGUGGGCUUCGGGGAGAGCCGUGCCAAAAGAUACGCGUUACAAGGUUCAAGAUGGCGUGUAAAGAAUCUGACUUACAAGAUCUCUAAGUAUCCGAGUAAGCUGAAUCAUGCUGAAGUGGACGCCGAGUUAGCGAAAGCAUUUUCAGUUUGGUCAGACUACACAGAUCUAACCUUCACACAGAAGAGAGCCGGACAAGUUCACAUUGAGAUAAGAUUUGAGAAGGGAGAACACGGUGAUGGAGAUCCAUUUGAUGGGCCUGGUGGCACCCUGGCUCAUGCAUACUUCCCUGUUUAUGGCGGUGAUGCUCACUUCGACGAUGCUGAAAUGUGGACGAUCAACUCCCGACGUGGUACAAACCUUUUCCAGGUAGCGGCUCAUGAGUUUGGACAUUCACUGGGACUAUCCCACAGUGAUGUACGUUCAGCCCUGAUGGCACCGUUCUACAGAGGUUAUGACCCAGCCUUCCAGCUUGACCAAGACGAUAUUCAGGGUAUUCAGGCUUUAUAUGGGCAUAAGACUCAGACAGACAUCGGCGGAGGCAUCGCCCCUGGAGUUCCAGUACCGCCUCGUGUCACCACCCCGCAGCCUUCAGCAGAAGACCCUGCUCUCUGUGCCGACUCGAAGUUUGACACUAUCUUCAACUCUGCGGAUGGUGGCACAUUUAUUUUCAAGGGUGAACACUAUUGGCGAUUGACUGAGGAUGGCGUAGCUGCCGGUUAUCCACGAUUGAUCUCACGCGCAUGGCCCGGACUACCUGGAAACAUUGAUGCUGCUUUUACUUACAAGAAUGGCAAGACCUACUUCUUUAAAGGUUCUAAGUACUGGAGGUACAAUGGACAAAAGGUCGAUGGAGAGUAUCCUAAAGAAAUCAGUGAAGGUUUUACUGGUAUUCCCGAUAAUCUUGACGCUGCUUUGGUUUGGUCUGGCAAUGGCAAGAUAUACUUUUACAAGGGUUCAAAAUUCUGGAGGUUCGAUCCUGCCCAGCGCCCGCCAGUCAAAUCCACCUACCCCAAGCCGUUGUCUAAUUGGGAAGGCAUUCCUGAUGGCAUCGAUGCUGCACUGCAGUAUACCAACGGAUACACUUACUUCUUCAAGGGUGGUCAAUACUGGCGGUUUAAUGACAGAACUUUCAGCGUGGAUUCUGACAACCCUGCAUUCCCGCGAUCCACGGCAUACUGGUGGCUGGGAUGUAGCACCGCGCCUAAGGGUACAAUAGGAGGUGUAAAAUCAUCCGCUCCCAGAUCAUUCUUCUGGUUCAGGAAAUAACCUCGGUGGAGUGUUCCUGAACAUUGUAUAUAGAGAAAUUGCAUAAAGAACAAAGACUCAAUUAGUAAAUAGGAGAAUAUAUGCGAAUACCAGUGAGAUUAUAGACAUAAGCGGUGAUUUUAGUACCGGCGGGCUUAUCACACGCUGCGUUGAUCAGCGUACAGUCAGGCGGGGCUAGACUGUAAUAUGUUGAUCUUGGCUCCAUCCCGCCACAAAUUUAGGAGGUCGCAGUGACCUCCGCUGCUCCACCAAUCACCCGCAUCUAUGAUGGCGAUAAUUCGGGUGGUAAAGGCGGUAGCCGUGCUGCGAAAGGUACUCAGACGUCACUUGCGCUUGCACUGGUGGCCGUGACGAUAGCGCGAUGGACAGUACGCGCCUAGCGACUGACACGACAUGUCUGCGCCCCCGCUCUGGGACCUCCCUAGACCCGCUCUGGGACCUCCCUAGACCCGCUCUGGGACUGCCCUGGACCCUUUCUGGGACCGACCUGGACCCGAUCUGGGUCCACCUUGGACCACCCCCGUGCCGCCCCGCCCGCAUCACCGACUGUGAUCGUAUGUUGAGUGCCUGUUCGCGUUCGGUAUAUUGUGUAUAGCGAACGCUCUGCUGUGAUGACGAAUGCGUCCUUUUUAUACUAUUGCAAGAACGAUAAUUUAAUUCGAAGUCAUAGUUUUUAUACUUAAUAUAAAUAGAUGAUGUAAGUUCGAGUGUGAUAUUGACGUAAGCGAAGAUUUUUUUGUAUUAAAAUAUUUAAAUAGAAAACAUUU